AUGCUCACCGAUCUCCAAAAGAUUGGCAUUGGCCUGACGGGCUUUGGCAUAUUCUUCCUCUUCCUCGGCGUGAUCCUCUUCUUUGACCACGGCCUCCUGGCCAUCGGAAACAUCUUGUUUGUUGCAGGACUGUCAUGUAUCAUUGGCCUGUCCAACACCUUCGCCUUCUUCUUCCAACCAACACCGCAAAAGAUAAAGGGCUCUGUGUGCUUCUUCUCGGGCAUCUUGAUGAUCCUGUGGAUCAGCUCCAUCCUCGGCAUGCUAGUGGAGACUAUUGGCCUCUACUAUUUAUUCAGCGGGUUCAUCCCUGUUGUCAUUGGGUUUUUGCGGCGGUUACCGGGCCUCAACCUCAUCUUCUCCGUUCCCGUGCUUGGCAAGUUCCUGGACAGGCUGGGCGGCAGCCAGCUGCCCAUGUGA